AUGACCGUAUUCAAGGUCUGCUAUGAGAAGUACAAGAGGGACGUUAGCUUCCUGACAAGUCUACCAGGAGGAUCGGAGAGACUACAAGUCUUCUAUGCAGAUUUAAGUGAACCCGACGGCUUUGAUGUGGCUAUUAAAGGAUGUACUGGUGUCUUUCAUGCAGCUACUCCUCCACCUCAAGGUUUUGGAAAUGGAGAAGCCGAGGAAGUAGUUAUCCAAGGAGCAGCUGAUGGAACAUUAGGAAUCUUGAAGGCUUGCUUGAAUUCAAAGACAGUGAAACGAGUUGUGUACACCUCUAGUGCAUCAGCGGUAGCUUUUAAUGACAGUGGCGUGGAAAUGAUGGAUGAAAGUUACUGGAGCGAUGUUGAUUAUAUCAGAGCUUCAAACUUAUCCAUAGGUCCUUACUUUAUUUCCAAAACUUCAACGGAGAAAAGAGCUCUUGAAUUCGCAGAAGAACAUGGAUUGGACCUUGUAAAUUUAAUACCAACCUAUAUUAAUUGUUUAUAA